UCAAUGUCAAAUAAAUCACGAAAAUCACAACUUUGUAAAAAUAUUUCUUUUUUCUGAAUGUAAUACAGUUUAAUUUGUUGCGAUUCUAUUCUAGGCAUAACAGUAUAAACUGUUAAAAUGGGGCGUAAAUGCAACGUAAAAGGAUGCCCGUCUGCUUCGAAUCGUUCCAAAGAUGAAGGGGUAACAUUUCACAAGAUUCCCCCUCAUAUGGACGUUAGACCAAAGUGGUUGUCGUUGUGUAGAAUACCCGAAGAUAAAAAGAACAUAAAGAUACUCUAUGUAUGUUCCAGACAUUUUCUUCGAGCUGAUUUUUGUAAUUUCAAAGGUAAAAAAUAUAUGCUCAAGCAUGGAGUGUUGCCCAGUGUGUUCCCAUGGGAUAAAUCAAAGUUGGAGGCUAUUAAGGCAGUGGUUAAGAAUGAAAAAGUUGUCAAAAAGGACAAAACGGAAGCUAAGGAGAAACCUUCUACCAGUAUUAGACCCGAACAAGACAUUUUACAAGACAAUAGGAUGGAAGAAGACAAUUCUGAUAUUAACCAAGAGAAUGACAUGGGUGAAGAUAAAAUGAUGGAUGAAAGUAUGACAGGAAUUUCAAGACCUGAGAAACAAUUGCCAUCAUCAAUUCCAGCAACUUUAAACUUCGCAAUAAAUUCAUAUGUUGAGGCUCUAGAUUUUAAUAACGAAUGGUGUCUGGCCAAAAUAAUGGAGACAGACGAAGAAGAAAAGGAGGUUCUAAUUCAUUUUAUUGAUAUUCCCAGUAAACAUGAUGAGUGGAUUUCCAUGAAUAGUUCUCGACUAAGACCUGCACAAAACGUAGACUUGAAUCAUUCUGCAAAUCCUGUUGUAAGCUUGGAAUCAGAUAUCGACCAAACUUCAAUUGUAAAUACAAUUCCAAUUGAAGCUUCAAUAUCAACUGAAGCUGAAAGUUCAGUUUUACCCACAAGUUCAGUAAUAAGUACAAUUGAAAAUGUCAGUAUUUUACCUUCUGCGCCCAUAGCUUCAGCUACUGUUUCCACAGUUUCACCUACUGUUUCCACAGUUUCACCUACUGUUUCCACAGUUUCACCUACUGUUACCACAGUUUCACCUACCGUUUCCACAGUUUCUCCUACUACUUCCACUGUUGCAAGUGAAACUAAUGUCAAGAAAGAAGUUGAAGUGGAAACCUACGUUGUAGGUGAGAGAUGCCUUGCUGCCUGGAGUGACUGCAGAAAAUUCCCAGCUACAGUUUCCAAAGUACUCGAAAAUGAUACCUAUGAGGUAAUCUUCGAUGAUGGUUUUCCAAAAGUUUUAAAAGCUCAUCGUAUGGCUAAGGCGCUUGGUAGACAUCUUCAAUCUAGUCCCCUUUUCGAACCUAUAAGAACUACCAAACAGGAUAGAAGGACGAAGAAACGGAAGUUAAAUGUGGCAACUCUAUUCAAGAAAAGACGAAGGAUUGCUAAGUCAGAGGAUAAACAGAAGAGGAGUUCAGCUGCUAGUUUACCUCUAUCAGAAGAAGCUCAGGAAGUUCUAAUAGAUUAUCCAAUGAGAGAGUUGACUGCCGAGGAAAUUGAAAAUUGGAAACCAAGUUGGUACAAGGGAAAGCCAGUCGGUAUAGAAUCCACCCUUAAAACUCAAGACGGCUUAAAAACAUCCUACAUCGUACCAGAUCCUCGUCUUCCAGAGGGAUGGAACAAACAUAUUUUGAAAAAGAAAGGUUUUCCUGGAAAAUGGGAUACUGUCAUUGUUAGUCCUGAGGAUAAGAAAUUCAGAUCAAAAACAGAAAUAGCGAAAUAUUUGGAAGAACAUCCUAUUGAAGGUGUCAAUCAAAAUUUGUUUGACUUUUCUUUGGUGUUACGAAGAAAACGGAAAGAUCCUCAUUUAUCGGCUCCAGUAAGAGUAAGAGUAAAAGUAAAACCUGCACCAAAAUCUCCAGAGAAAGAUCCCAAAGAACCAAUACCUGUGCCAGUACUAAAAGAACCCGAGCCAGAACCAACAGAAGAGCCUGUCAAAGAAGAAAGUAACGCCAAUUGUUUGAAGAUCCUUUUCGAAGACAGUGCAUAUAAAUGCCCGAUAGAAGGGUGUGGCAAGAAUUUCAGGCGAGAAAAUUUGGCCCAAAUGCACGUCAAGCAUUACCAUCCUGAAUAUACCAAAUUUCUGGAUUCAACUCCCAAUGUUGCCGACUUGGCCUACGCUCGUACUGUUGGUGAAAAUCUCGACAGGUCUCCAGACGAUUUUGACUUCAAGAUGGAGAGCCACUUCUUAAGACCUCAGAAACCCCCACUAAAACCCGCUGUAAAAAUUCCAACCCCCAGAUCAUCUAAACAACUAUCGUUUGGAAUAGAAGAAAUACCAGAGGUAAAACCGAAGUUAUCACCAAUUUCGAAAACCAAAGACCAAGAAAUCAUUAAGCUGCUCAACACCAGGCCUCAUAGUCAUUCUGAGCCGGACUCGCCACUUAAACAUGGUUACGAGUCUCCCACUGUUCCCCACUUUGAGCCGAAAUUGAGAGAUCUGUUGAUGAAAUCUGAGCCUAUUCCUAACAAAGACGAAUUUGAUUUCAAACCGUUGAUGAGAAGUAAGCCUGGUAUUAAGACUUUACUACCUGUCCAUAGGCCACCACCUGAAUCAACUUUUGUUGAGCAAUCUGAGGAGAACUACAGACCGCCGGUGAAACGCAAAAGCAUUUACCCAGACAGCCUAGAGAUCGUAAAAGGUAUAGAUCAAACUACAGAUCUCAACUCUUUCCCUAGUACAUUGCCUAUUACUGCUUCUUCGCCUACCGUUAGUAUCACAUCGCCAUCUCUCUCUUUGCAGCCUAAAAUUUCUUCGCAAGCAGUCUCUUCUCCUGUAGCUCCUUCCAUUCUCACUCCACCCAUCCAACCUCCUACUCCUUCUAAUGAUAUUAUAAUUGAAGGCGGUGAAGUCAUUAAGAUCGUCAGAAUGAGGCAAGAAGAGAUCAUCAACUGCACCUGCGGUCUGGUCGAAGAAGACGGUCUGAUGAUCCAGUGUGAGCUCUGCCUUUGUUGGCAGCACGCUUAUUGCAACAACAUCGAAAGAGAAAGUCAAGUUCCAGAGAAGUACGUGUGCUAUAUCUGCCAGAAUCCUCUUCGAGAACGACUGUCCAGGAAGUACUACCACGACCAAGAUUGGUUGACAAAAGGGGUGCUUCCAGUAGGCAGUUACCACACCAAAGAUGAAGAAGCUCUACAGAGAAGAUUUGAAAAAUUGAAAAAGUGCCAUGAUUUGUCAGGAGCUCUCUUAGAGUUAGGCCAGUACCAGAACAGCUUAAAAAUCAAGAUGAAAAUAGCAGAAACCAAAAAUCACCCAAAACACUACUUAUGGUCUAAACCAUGGCCCAAAGCGAAUUUGCCAGAAAAAUUUAAGUCAGAGAUGCUUGACAUCAAGCCUAAGAUAGAAAAUGAUGACCCGGACUUUUUGAAAAGCGAUUUCGAUGAGGAAAAAGAUGCUCAGAACGAGAACUCAAUGCUAAUGAUGAUUCUGAAAGCAGGGAAAAAUGUAAUGCCAAAAAUCGACCUAAACACCCUUAUGGACAACACCCCUAUCAUUCCACAACCUGAAGCUGUUACGGACCCUGCCGAUUGUCGCUUGAAUCUUUUGGAACAUUUAGUCCAUCAAUGUUCCCAGGUGGAAGAGAGGCUAGAUGAUUUCGAAAAACAGAUAGAGUUGUUGGAAGAAGGAAUGAACAUUGAAGAAGAUCCGAAUUGUCCCAAAACGAGAAACACCAUGCAAUUGUUAAUGAGAGAUUUAGAAACACUGAAAGAAUUUAGUCAAAGUUCUGGAAUAUAGUUUUUUAGAGUAUUCGAUUACUUAUUGUAUUUCAGUUCGAAUAUUUUUGUUGUUUGUUUUGAAAAGAGAGCAUUUAGUUUUAUUGUCGUUUUAGGUUACUAGAUAUGUACUACACUUACGUUUUGUGAUAUAUUAAAAUAAAAUUUUUAAUACA